AUGCAACUGUUUAAAGCAAAAAGUUCCGAAGGUCCGACUGACGCUUUCUUACGCAGGCGUGCUAUAGUCCAAUCAUUCAACGUUGUGCGAACUGAGGUACCUAAAGUAAUUGAUAAUACAACAACACCACUUCAGGUUGGAAAUGGAGACUUUGCCUUCAAUCUUGACAUCACUGGCACGCAGUCUUUGAUACCGUUCAAUACUUUGUCUAGCUGGGGUUGGCACAAAGACAGAUUGCCUGACAAUGGAGAGAAGCCUGAGGACUACAAAGGUGUUCCAAUUAAAACUCACGGAAGAGAGGUCAAUUAUGAUAUCGAAGACCCAAAACUACCUGAAAUAUCAAAAUGGCUCAGCGCAAACCCUAACCGUAUUAACCUAGGUCGCAUCGCGCUGAGUUACAAGAACAGCUUGCUGACAGAGAUAACCGACCCUCGUCAGGAAUUGGACUUGUGGAAUGGCAUCGUCACUUCAGUGUUCAAAAUAAACGGUCACGACGUAAAAGUCGUUACGCAAGGGGACUUUGAAACUGAUUCGGUCACGUUCAACAUUCAAUCAGACAGUGUUGCGUCUGGGGACCUCGAAGUAGUGUUUGAUUUUCCGUUUCCUCCCAUUCACAAAGUUGAGAAAUCAACCGAUUUUGAGAUUUUUAUGGGAACAUACCAGUUCCCGCAAAACCAUACCACCUCCAUUGUUCAACAUCCAAGCCCCUGGAUAGAUACUGCACACGUUCAUCACGAGAUGCAAGACACAGCCUAUUACUUGAACCUAAGAUGGCCCCAAGAACGACCGCUGUCCUUGAGGCGCAAUGAACCUGAUGGUUCGAAUAAAACUACAGCACAUCGUUACACGCUCUCUCCGGUUGUCAGUCAACAGAAUCAAACCUGCGCCGGAACCCUAUCGUUUACCGCUCAUUACAGCCCGGAACUCACAAAGCCAUCACUUCCAUCGGAUAUCCGUCGACGUAACAGAAUAGGCUGGAAUGAGUAUUGGGAAGAAGGGGGCUUUGUGGAUCUCACCGAGUCAACAAAUCCAAACGCAACAGAGCUGCAACGUCGUAUCAUCCUGUCUCAGUAUGUGAUGAGGAUCAACAGUGCAGCGACUGGUCAGCCUCCACAAGAAAGCGGACUCGUAUACAAUGGUUGGUGGGGUAAGUUUCACUUGGAGAUGGUUGUCUGGCACUGCGCGCAGUGGGCGACUUGGGGGCGACAGAGAUACUUUGAUCGAAUCUUCCCAGCCGUCUAUGAAAGCCUUCUCCCCAGCUCGGUAGAAAGGGCUCGACGGAUGGGCUGGCAAGGAGCCCGAUGGCCCAAAAUGACAGAACUUGUCACCAAGGGUAUUGCGCCUGGCGAGACUCGCGCUUUUCUCCAGUGGCAGCAACCUCAUCCAAUAUACCUGGCUGAGUUGGCAUACAAAGCUACACCAACGAAAGAGACACUCCAAAGAUGGGACCGUGUUUUGACUUCAACUGCUGACUAUAUGGCAUCUUUUGUUUGGUUGAAUAACGUUACCGGUAAAUACGAUAUUGGUCCACCGAUCCAAGGUGUGACUGAGAAUUCGUCACCGACGGAGAUAUCCAACUUGGCUUACGAACUUGCUUACUGGCAGUGGGCUCUCAAAUCCGCCUGCGAGUGGAAGAAGAAGCUGGGACAAUCUUGUCCAGAAGCUUGGACGAUGGUAGCGGACAACCUUGCUCCUCCACCACAAUUCAACGGAUUAUACGCCCCCUGGGUAGGAGGCGGCUUGAAUGCAUCUUGGUGGGAUGAUCCGACGCUCAGGAAAGAUCCCCGAAGUGUGAUCAUGCUCCAAGGAAUCCUUCCGGAUACGCCCUUGGUGGACCCUGCCGUAGGUUUGAAAACAUCUGACAAAGUCUGGGAGGUCUGGGGUGAUGAGCAGAUCAGAGGCUGGGGCCGUAAUCUUUUGGCUAUCCACGCCGCACGAAUUGGUAAUCCCGAACGGGCUAUCUACCAUCUCACAAACUUUGGUUACUGGAAGUUUGGUGAUGAAGGGUUUGCCCAUCGUUCGGGUCCUAACCCAUCGCCGCCCCCGUAUUUCCCUGGAAACGGAGGAUUUCUCUUGGCGAUCAGUUACAUGGCGGCCGGUUGGGAAGGUUCCGAAGGCCACGCGCCUGGCUUCCCUAAAGAUGGUUCUUGGGUGGUCAAACAUGAAGGCUUAAUGCAAUCGUUGUAG